UCGUAUAGUGAGGGUGUCACAGUAAAUUGAAAAAAAAAACAUAUUUUUAAUUAUUAUUAUUUUUAAACAAGUAUUUUAAAAUUUAGAUUUUUGUGUGGUUAAGUGUUACUCAAGUGAUUUUUUUGCGGUGUGUCUCGGAGUGUAUGGAAGGUUUUAGAAGAAGUCAAGUUUUCAAGAUUCUGUGAUGAAAUCCACAAACAUGGAGACUUGUUCCGACCGCCUGAGUCCAUCAAGCGACCUGACAAGCGAGUCGGAAACAUCGCUACCACCUUUUCCCUACGACAACCAAAAUGGGAACUUCUAUCAAGCAGAGCUAAACGAAAAACAAUACUUUUCUUGCAAACAGAAAACACGAAAUGAAGAAAAGAGCCCAAAAGACAUUUAUUUACAAGAAAGCAACAAAAUGACGUUCGAGAAUUACCUUUCCCCGCCAAGAAACAAGAAGUAUUUGAAUUUCGAACUCAAAUUGCCGCCGACGAACGACAAUAUUUUUUCGCAAAUGGAAGCCGACAACAGAAUGCGUUCAGGUUACUUCAACGAGGUUCAAGACCUAAAGAGUUGCGUUCAGAACGAGAAUAAUCCUAAUUUGUCAGAAAUGAAAUUGAAUCAGCAGAUUUUUGACUAUGUAAAUGUGAACGAGAGAGUGCCGCAGACGUAUUUUGCUGAGAAUGAGAACAGUAAUCUGAGGUACUUGAACUUUAAUUCUGAACAAGUGCAGUGUGUAUGUGAGGCGUUGCAGCAAAAAGGUGAUAUUGAGAAGUUGGCUGUGUUCCUAAGGAGUUUGCCGGACAGUGAACGGCUUCGGGCACAUGAGACGAUACUGAGGGCCCGAGCACUCGUAGCCUACCAUAAAGGUGUAUUCAAGGAGUUGUACGCGAUCCUGCAGGCACACUCGUUCCCGCCACGGCAUCAUACCGCUUUACAGACUCUUUGGUUUAAAGCGCACUAUUUGGAGGCCCAGCAAGUCAGAGGCAGGCCUUUGGGUGCCGUAGAUAAAUACAGACUUAGAAAAAAGUAUCCACUACCGAAGACUAUAUGGGACGGCGAGGAGACCGUCUACUGCUUCAAGGAGAAAAGCAGAAACGCUUUGAAAGACUGCUACUAUAGAAAUAGGUACCCCACACCCGACGAGAAGAGGGCAUUAGCUCAGAAGACGGGUCUGACCCUCACACAGGUCUCCAACUGGUUCAAGAACAGGAGGCAACGGGAUCGGACACCGCAACAACCGAAUAGACCAGAAAUGCUAGUACCAGCUCAAUAUGCAGGACCUCAGGGUGGUUUGGCGCAGGCACUACUUCCUAAUGCGUACUACCAUCAACUACAAGACCCAACGCACUAUUUACAUGGUGGCGCACCGUAAUUGGCAAUAGUAAAAUAGUUUAAUAUUACAGUACAAGGAGAUAAAUAUUGCACAUCGACUUUGGGAAAGAGACAAUUUUGUGUGAUAUUCAGAUCUUUUAUUUGUACAAAACUUUAUUUCUUUAAUCUUUUUAUAAUUCCAGGAGAGUUCUUGACUUGUUUUAGCAGUCAAUCAAUCAAUUAAUCAUUUAUUAUCUAUUAUAUAAAAAUAAGUCAGGUUUUCCUUCCUGACGCUAUAACUCCAGAACGCACGAACCUAUUUCCACGGUUUUGCAUUCGUUGGAAAGGUCUCGGGCUGCGUGAGGUUUAUAGCAAAGAAAAUUCAGGAAAAAUUCAAGACAAAAGCAGGAAAACAGAGGAAAUAAUCAUUGGUGGCGAAACGGAGUUCGCCGGGUUUGCUAGUUAUUUGUAAAACAUAGAUAACAAAAAAUACUGAUCUUAAAGAUAAACAGAAUACGUUAUGUUUUGUCUAUGCUAAGACAUACAAAUAUGUUUUAGAGUUUAAGUUUACAGUUUUAGGAAUAAAAGAAAAAAAAUGUCGCAAUUAAACAAAAUGUUAGCAGCUCAUAAGCGUGCGUAGUAGAGGCUUCUCUGAUUGUCUCUUUACAAAAGCCGAUGUGCCAUAUUUAUGACCAUGCACUGUACAUACAGUUUAAAAAAAUAUGAAGUGUCAAAUUCCUAGAAUGACAGAUGAAAUGAUUAGUUCUUACUCUCGCUCAACAGGUGGCAUUACUGUCCAAAGUGUAAGAUAGUUCUGUACAUUUUGUCAGACUGUGAAAAGUGGUGUUAUUGCCAUAAUUAUGUAUAAAUAUUAUUUUACAUUAUUGUAAAUAGUUUAUCUUAGUUUUAUGUAUACUUAUAAAAGUUUUAUUAUUAUUAUAUUCAUUGCCGAAAUACUUAGUAGCGAAUGUUUUGGUAUUAAUAGAUACCUAAUAGUUCAAUCAAACUGAUUAAGAUUUGAAAACUUGACCUCAUAAAUAGGCAUUUCGAGGUUUAAAAAUAACUAUACCAUUGGGUAUAAAUUUUUUGCUAUAUUCUUAUGAGGGGAUCUUAUAGAUAAUCUUUAUUUUAUUUGUUUUUUUAAACUAUAGUUCCUAAAUGCCAUGUAGAUUAUAAUUCUAGUUUAUUUUAAGUUUAUUAAUAAGAUAAUGCAAAUCAGUGUAUUCUAUAAUUACCUAUAGGUACUCAGUAGGUACCUGGGCCCAGAUCGAUACAAAAUGUCUGUAAACAAACCACAAAGGUAAGAUUAUUCUUCUGUCCUUUUUCUAUCUUCUAUCCGUUUGUCAUUGCUCAGAACUGUUAGUAAAUAGAAUGAGAAAUAGGGCGGGAGAGUGACCGCACGCGGCGGAAUUGUCUAUAGAGCCAUAGGCUUGUCAUACAUGGAUCGCUCUUGCAGACGGAGUCAUAUAGCUUGAAGCUGCCAUUGAUAACUGCUAGAGCAGUUAGCGAGAGUAGAAACGGGGUGGUUUUAGUCAGUAAGAAUCUGUCUGAAACACUCCCGUCUCGCCUUGAAGCAGUCGAUCCUGACUGCUUGAAGCAGUCCGUGUAUGGCACGCUAUAGUUCUACUCUUAUGAUUUGUUUAUAAACAUAUUUCAUGGAUAUUUAGCCUAUAAGUAAAAAUAGUCUCUAUUAUUUUGUGAUUAAUGCUCAAAAUACUAUAGUUUGGUGUUUGAUGGUGCAGUUUAUGUUUCAAACCAUUGUAUUCUAGUCUGGAAGUGAAUUAAAGUUCUAUGAGAAUUA